CGGGCGCCCAGUCGGUAUCAUCACAAACGCACCGACCACAGUCACGUCCGCUCAUACCCGCGCAAACACAACGCGACCUCAUACAUUAUCAUAAUAAUAUAAUAGUGUAACACUAUUACCGCGUACAGUAUUCACCUAUACAAUAUAACAAACAUGUCGUCCGCAGUGUUCCGUCGGGUUUCGUUCGUCUGCGCCGCCGUCGCCUUGGCCACAGCCGCCGGUCUCGCCUCCGCCUCGCCGGCGCAGCAACAGCAAGAGGACGCGGGCGGCGCCGCGGGUUUGGGCACGGUCUUGUGGUCGGUGCUGGACAACUGCUUCGACCCGGACUCGACCGAACCGGCCGCGGUCUGCCUCAAGCUGAAGGCGCUGACCGCGCUGGACCGCGCGCUGGCUAAGCCCAACGUGGCCAUCGUGGACGGCGUGUCGCUGGCCGCCCGGGCCGGCAAGUCCCUGACCGAACCGCACACUGAGAAGGCCGACCGCGCCGCCCUGGACGCUGCCAAGGACCCGGAGCACAAGAACGCGCUGUUGGACGACAUGCUCGUCGGCCGCAUGGACAAACUCGUGUCCACCAGGACCAUCGUGUUGGACGGACAAGAAGGUGAGCCCGCGUGAUAGUAAUUUUUUCCGGCACACAGUAUCAGGCACUUUUUUCUUCUUUUUUUUUUCUUCAAAAAUAAUGUACGAGUUUGUUUCCGAAUCGGUGUUGCCAAUCAUCAUUCGUAUAUACGUAUGAAUUCGAAUUGUGUUUGCAAUAGAAUUUGAAUUUCAAAAACAUUAGACGUUCCCCCUUAUAGAAACGUACCGAAAACGAAAUUGACCGAAAUAAUUCAACCGCUCGCUGUUUACAUGGAGACGAUAUUAUAUACGUAUGACUGGUAUACCGUAUGGCACGUAUUAUGAUGCGUUCCGUGUAAACACGGAAAUCGUGCAGGUUCCCCGUCCUGUUAUUUCGUUGUUAGUUUAUCGCGGGCGGAAAUCUCGUACCAUCGUCGCCACCGUCGAUGUUACCGUCGCCGCGGUAACGUCGGUAACCGCGCACGAUUGGGAUCGUAAUCUCCGAUGAAAAUUCUCGCGUUUAUGAUGUUGCCGACCGGCGGUGGCGGCAGCGCACGAUUUGCACUUUGCGCUGCAAUCGAGCAGAUCGCGCGCGCGUUGAUUUUCGACAAAAAAAAAAUUCGACCCGUCUGCUCUUCUGCUAAAUUUUUUUUUUUCAAUUUUCGAAGCGGUAAGCCGCGAGCGUAUGUCGUUUUCACUGUCGCAUCAAACCGACUGCCGGGACGACGGCGUUCUGUCCGGUUCCGCGUACCGCAGACUUCCAAACGUUUCGAUCGUUUCUGUUAUUUUUCUUUUGAAACGGCACCGCCGCGUCUUCGCGUCGUCGGUCGCAAAACUCUUUUCCCCGCGCGGACGAUUGACAGAGACAGUUGGUAAUUUUUCUCGUUUUCCGCAGGUCGGGGCAAGAAGAAGGAACAGAAGGCCAUACAACAAGCCAUGAUGAUGGCCGGUAUGAUGGCCGCCGCGGUCAUGGGCCCGAUGGCGUUCAAGAUCGUCGCGCUGAUGGCCGGUAAGGCGUUGUUGAUCAGCAAAAUCGCUCUGGUCCUGUCCGGUAUCAUAGCGCUGAAGAAACUCCUUCAGCCCCAACAAGGCGGCCACGAAACCGAGUCGGUGUCCCAUCAUUACGGCCGCAGCCUGAACUUGGACGCUCACGACAUCGCGUACGCGGGUCAAAAGCAAUAAUUGACGCCGCCGGAAUCGCAAGACUAUUACCUAUAUAAUACCUAAUUUAUUUAUUAUCAUAUUUAUUCGUUUGAACAUAUUUUUAGCCAACAGGUUUAAUUAUAAUAAAAUAUUAUAAAUAUUUAUUUUAUUUAUUAGUAUAUAUUGAUGUACUUUUUAUUUUAUUGAUUUAUAUAAAUAUAAAGAAUCACAGAUCUGAACUGAAAAAAAAA